AUGGGCCCUGGAUCAAUUCGCAAGGAAGAUGUCGAGAUUGUCGAUCAGCCUUCUCACGUCGAGAAUCUCCCCAAGCCUUCGCAUGUCACGGAGAUUGACACCUUCCGUGUUGUCGGGCUGACCACUGACGAUGAACAAUUCUAUACCGCUUUCUCGGAGGAGCGUCGAAAGAAGGUCUUUCGAAAGGUGGAUGUUCGGUUAGUCCCGAUGCUGGCGUUGCUAUACUUGAUUUGCCAUAUCGAUCGGGCGAAUAUUGGAAAUGCCAAAAUUGAGGGCAUGGUUCAGGAUUUGGGUAUGACGGGGGUCCAGUACAAUACUGUGCUUUCUAUCUUCUUCAUUCCCUACGUGUUGUUCGAAGUGCCUAGCAACAUCCUUCUCAAGAAGUUCAAGCGCCCUUCUACCUACCUCGGCGUUCUAGUUGUUAGCUGGGGCAUUGUCAUGACAUGCACGGGGCUGGUCAAGAACUUUGCAGGUCUCAUGACUACCCGAGUGCUACUGGGUAUCUUCGAGGCUGGUUUCUUCCCCGGUGCAAUCUACCUCUGCUCUUACUGGUACAUGCCAAAAGACCUAGCCCUCCGCAUUUCAUACUUCUACUGCGCCAGCGCACUGUCCGGUGCCUUCUCCGGUCUCCUUGCUGCCGCUAUCGCUAAGAUGGAUGGCACCGGUGGCCUUGAAGGCUGGCGAUGGAUUUUCAUUCUGGAAGGACUCUUGAGUGUCGUUCUCGGCGUGAUGUGUUUCUUCUUCCUCAUAGACACCCCGGCGUUCUCUACACGCUGGCUAUCCGCCGAUGAAAUCCGAUUCCUCGAACUUUCCAUGUUCAUCAAGCAAGGUGGAACAAGCAGUGAGGAGACAAGCUUCAAGAUGCGAGAUCUGAAGAAGGUCCUUCAGAACUGGAGAAUCUAUGUGCAAGCUUAUUUCCUGCUUUGCCAGUCUGCCCUGUCCUACGGAACCAAAUUCACCCUUCCCACCAUCACCCAAGCCAUGGGUUUCAGUUCCACCAACGCCCAACUAACCUCCGCCCCACCAUACGUCGUCGCAGCCAUCUCAGCCAUCAUAUUCGCCCGCCUAUCCGACCGCUUCUACUGGCGCAUGCCCUUCGUCGCGAUCCCCAUGAUAAUCGUCGUAAUCGCCUACGCAAUCCUCUUCUCUCCUCAACGGCGCCCUCGACUCCAAGCGAGGAGUAGCCUACUUCGCCGUCGUCCUCGGCGUAGCCGGUAUCUACCCGAUUCAAUCCGCGGCCGCAUCAUGGAACGCGAAUAA